CUGGCAUUGAGUAGUAAUCCGAGUACCAUUUUCAUAAAUCACUGUUCUAAAUAAUAAGAAGAAUUUUGUUUCAACACAAAGCAGCAGAUUAGGUGCAGAAUCGAAGCAGAUUGUGGUUCGUCUCGUUGAUUAACGGGGUUAAAAAUGAGGCAAGGUGGGCAGUACGUUGAUUCUGGUGGGCAUGUAUACGAAAUGCAACGUAUGUCUGGUCAGAGGAUGGAGCAAAAAUCCAAUAACUACCAAGGAGGGCACCUUAAAUCUGAGAAUGACAAGUCGUACGGUGCUCCAAAAGGGGAGGGACAAUGGAGAUGGGAGAGAGAUGGAUCAUCACACAUGUUCAAUGAAGGCCAAGGGGCUGAUGCGUCUAGAUCAUAUUACCAAAGCCAGGGUCAAAGGUCGGUCUCUGAGAAACAGGGUAAUAAUGAUCUCAGAUCUCUUCCUCGUGAGGAAAAUAUGGAGAUAGGUUAUGAGGAUAAUGUUGCAGGCCAGACUUUUGAAGCUCUUGAGCAAAGAUUUUAUGACGACAUCGUGAAACUCACCAAAGAACAAAACGAUGCAGAGGAUGCCGAGUAUGCACGCCACCGAGAGAGAGUAAAUGCAAUCAAUGCACAAUAUGAGGAGCAACUGGCAGCACUUAGAGCUAGGCACACCAACCGCAGAGAUGAAUUCUUGCGACGCGAAUCGCAUGCACGACAGCAGCAGUACCAGCAGGCAAUGGAACACCACCAAUACAGCUCCAACCCCAUGGGGUUCAGUGACCCUCAUCAUGGUUACAGUGCUGCUGCUGCUGGAGGAGAGUCGCAAAGACCCUAUAAUAAUAAUAAUAACAGCAAUAUCCCUCAUGUUGAUUCUUACAGAGACAGACCGCGGUUUGGUGGAAGGGAUUCUAGGGACCCUGGGUUUGAGCCCAGAGGAGGGCAGUACCCUGGUGGUCGGGGUUAUGGCUCUGGUGCUGGUUCUGGUUCUGCUUCGCGCUAUUAUUGAUGCCGCUUUUCACCUUCAUACUAGUUUGUUAGAAUGCGGUUCUCUUAAGGGUUCAUCUUUAGCCUUUGUUUUGAAGGGUAUGUUUCCGGUCAGAUGAUGGAAUAGCGUUUAGAUGUUAUUUGUUUCAAAUCAUUUACCUUCUUUAUAAUCAAAUCAGUUGCUUUGUUAUUAUUAUUAUUAUUUUCUACUGUUA